AUGAGGACUCUCUUGACGCGGGCCGCGGGCCGGGUUUUGGGUGGGAUUAUAAAGUGGCUGAAAGUGGCUCCGCUUUUGUAUAGAGUUCGGGUUCGGAGCCUCACGACCGAGACUUUCAUGCCUGAAAGGGAGGGUGGUGUUGUAAAGUGCGCCCGUGACACGAUGAUGGUUGAUCAUGGACUUGAAAGCUUGCUCGUGAAAAGUAGCGCCAGUGUCUCUUUACCGUUGCUCAAAGGGCCUCCUGCCUUCAUCGUUCCUAUGAGUUAUUCCAACAUAAAAUAUUGUGUUCGACUGAGCGACUGCAGGACUCGAGUUCCACUACUAACUUGUUUAAUAGGAUUGGGGAGGAGAUUUUCAUGUAGGCUGGAUCCUUUUCCUUAUUCUCCAUAG